AGGCAGCCUGAAGACAUCUCCAGCUCUCCUCCAGACACCAGCCAACCCCACGCCACCAUGUGCCAUACCAGCUGCUCCUCAGGCUGCCAAGCUGCCUAUGUGCCCAGCUCCUGCCAGCCAUCCUGCAGCACAUCCAGUCCCUGCCACACGUCCUGUUUCACGUCCAGCCCCUGCCAACCAACCUGCAGCACAUCCAGCACCUGCCAGGCGACCUGCGUGCCCGUGAGUUACAGGCCAGUCAUACGUCUACCAGUGACCUACAAGCCCACCCUGUGUGUGACUCCUUCCUGCCAGUCCUCUGUGUUCCUGCCCGUGAGAUACAGGCCGGCCGUGUUGGUGGCCCCCUCCUGCCAGUCCUCCGGGUGCUACCAGCCCUCCCGCCCCACCCUGGUCUGCAGACCUGUCUCCUGUAGCACCCCUUCCUGCUUUUGAUCACAAGCCUCCUCCCAGCUGCUCCCAGUGCAGACGGGGUCACACCUGUACCCCUCCCAACAUGAGUCCUCGGUGGACCUCCAGGUUCUGCAUGUGACAGAUGAAAAGCAUGAUUGGCCAACCUCUGAACCCAGGCAAGAACGUGGCAGGAUGAUCUGGACCCUUCUGUGAACUGGUGCAUUCCCCCUACCCAGAGGAAGCCCUGGUUCCCAGGGUCCUUCUUUGUCUCCUGAAGGAAACCACACCGCACGUGAGCCAAAUAAACCAUGCUAUCUCAAUGCA